UGACGUCCAUAUGGCUAUUACGUGCUUGCACCCUGGGGAACUCGACACCGGCGAUCGCAGCUAUGCUGAAAACAUGUUGCGGAAGCUUCCAAAGACGUCACCGACGACCAAGAGAACCGCUGUACAACGUGCGGUCAACCUCUCCACCGAAGAAGACACGCGCUACCUCCAGAGUCGUCUUAUCGUCCAUCAUGGGAUCACGAAACGAAAGGCCGGUCUUUCAACCAGUGCUUUUCGGGAGGUCGGCCAGAAGUUGUCCAGUCACCUCUUGUUGUGGAAUCUCGGAAUCCGGACAUUGAGACUAUUGAUCGACGGUAGAGCUCCCAAGAGCCUUGCCGAAUCAAUAGCUUUCCUAGGUCCUGCACGGGCAAUGGUUGAUACUUUCGAAGCCCGCCGCCACAGGGACUUUCUCCCGGAUUUCAUUCGCGACCUCCCAAGGUGGCAGGUGAUUUUCGACGAGUCCGACGCUGCGUCUUACAGAGAGGCGGUUUGGCUGAUGUGGAACAUUGAUAUGGAUCCAGACGAUGUGUUCCAGACGCCCCAAGGGCAUCCUUUUCCGGCCGAGCACGUCUCGUCUGGCAACCCUGGAGGUUUCCCAAACUUGGCGCCUAUCUUGGCCAACAGCAUCGAUGAAUGCUUUGGUACACUGCCCAGCGGGAGCUUGUUGGGAUCUCAACGUGUGCGGAUGCAACAGGAGGAGAGUGUUGGCUUCCAGGGCCAUCCAGAGGAAACCACGAACCCGCCACCUCCGACUAACCUCACGACCGAACCACAGCCGCAAUGGGACCCUCCUCCCAUAGGCCCUCGGAGAAUCUGCCAAGACCAACCCCCGAUCAGCGAGCAUGACGGGGAAAGAGACGGGCGGAUCGUGGCGUGCCUUGCAAUGGCGGUUUGCUUUCGCUCUCGUCGUCUUGUUCGCAGAAAUCUGGCAGAAGCUCCUGCGCACAGAUAG